AUGAGACUUGUGCUGCAACGCGUGACCAGCGCCUCGGUGUGUGUAGCGGGGGAAACCGUGGGUGCGAUCGGGACUGGCUUGCUGUGCUUUGUCGGCAUUGGUCUGGACGACACGGACGAGGACGCCGAGUGGUGCUGUCGUCGUUUGCUGAACGCUCGUCUGUGGCCCGAUGAGUCUGGGAAGCCGUGGAAGACGUCCGUCAAGAAGAACGGGUACGAGGUGCUGCUAGUGAGUCAGUUCACGCUGCAUGGACAACUAGUUGGCAACAGCCCCGACUUCCAUUUCUCGAUGAAACCAGAGCCAGCAAAGAAGUUUUACGAUGCGUUCUGCGAUCGCGUGCGUCGUGAGCACAUUGCUGACAAGGUGGCUGAUGGCAGGUUCGGGGCCUUUAUGGAAGUAUCUCUCGUGAACGACGGACCUGUGACGAUACAGAUCGAUUCGAAAGUCAGGAAACCUGCGAAGGGUUAG